AUGUGCUGUCGCUGGACUGCGGCUGUCUCGCCGGAGUCAGGCUCUGCUUCAGAGCUGCCUCAGCUCCCCUUGUGGCAACGCCGGCCCCGUGAGACGCUCAUCACCGCCAAGGCCGCUUCUGGCGUGAGCAGUCCGAGUGACGAUGAAGCGAUUUUCCUCGAAUUGCAGCAGAGGCGUUCGUCCGGUUUGCAGUUGUGCUAUGCUGAGCCCAAUUUGCCGAAGGGCACGGACGAUCUCAUUUUGGCAGCGCGACCAGGAGGCAAAUUUCCACUCCUCCUGGCAGGAGUUGAAUGCUCUUCUGGAGUUCAUUUGCUUGGAACGGAUGAUGAUCAAUUGUCAGACCUCAAGACUCAUUUGGAAAAGCUUGGGUAUCAGGGACGGAAGUCAGGAAAGAAGGAGUUUCGUGUGAUGAUCUUUGGCGUGGAGGCCAAAGCCAAUGAUGGUGCCGCCCCAGCUGAGCCACUUUGGUCAGAGCCAUCUGGACCCUUGAAGAGCCUUUGCUGGGACCAUGGGGGUGGCUGCUUUGCUGCUGCCUCCGAAUGUGGCAAAGGCUGCCAAAUCGAUGUUUGGAGCGUUCAUGAUGGAACAGCGCACUCCAUAGGCCGCCUGGCAGCUCUUCAUCAGCCUUGGCCACUGGAUGCAAUGUGCUUCAGUGGUUUCCGCCUAGCUGCUGCGGCGCGUGGAUCUUGCUGCACCUUCAUCUCCGUGAUAGAUGUGGAUACCCGCCUCGAACUGUGCCGCCUUGUUCUUCCCAAAGACACCUCGCCUCGUUGCAUCAACCACUUUCUGCUCCCGCUCGAAGGAGCAUCAAAGGAAUGCCUCGUGCUCGCUGCUGAUCACAGGGUCUUCCUCUGGAAUCUUGACUCAGGAGCUUCCGAUGAGGGGAAGUUUGCUGAUGUGGCAUAUUCUGAUGGAGAUCAUUGCACGGACGUGAUAUUGGCACAGGAUCAAAAUAGCCCUCUUGCAGUUACUUUUGUCACGGACGGUGGCCCUGCCUACCAUGCAGGUGUAGAGGCUUCUAGUGGCUGGCUUCUUUCUGGUUGGCGGCCUCUGCAUCCAUCAGAUGGCAACUACUUUCUCAACGUGCCCUGGGAAGCGGACUCAUGGGCAAACAUCAAGAAAAUGAAGCAGGUUCUCUUGCGCUUUCAGUCGCCCAAAUUGGACAUUGCCACUUUGGAGCUGGAUGACUCGGUCAACUGCGCCGUGCCAUCGGAGGAUGGCACUUUGCUGGCCGUGGGCUGCAAGAAACUUGGCGGAGGCCAAAGCCGGAAGUCAGCAACAGGUCAGCGAAAAAGCCAACUGCUGGAGUAUACCCACAGCACUUUGUCGGUUUGGAGCCUGGAAACUGGAGAGUUCUGGCGCACCAAAGAGGUGCAUCUCAGCGCCAGUAUCCCUGCGCUCUGCUGGCUGAACAGAUAUGAGCUGGCGGUGGUCAUGCGGGACAUCUAUGCCGUUGGAGUCGUGAACAUCGAGUCAGGAGCCCUGGUGCGAAGGUGGUCAUUCGGGACCUGGAGCCCAAAAGUUAUUGCUACCACCAAUUGCUGUCCAUGGAUUGCUGUUGGCACGACGACGGGCCGCGGCUUGCAAUGCCGGGUGACAGUCUUUUCAGCGAAGGGAGGAGGAUGCAUACUGCCCGCGGCACUCUCGAGCAAGACUUUGGUUGCAACCGGGCAUGCCAAAGCUUUGCCGGCAAUGGCUUUUAAUGACACCGGUCAAUUCUUGGCAGUUGAAAGCGAAGAUGGAAGUGACCGUUGUGACCGUUUCGAGAGCACCUUCGAUGGAUCCACACGGACACCACGGACAACAGGGACAACAGGGACAACGAUGUCGAUGGAUACUGGGAGGCGUUCCAGGCGCAUGGAACCUCGCUUGGUGGUGUGGCAAAUUGGAGACACAAAUAUGCAGAAGGUGACGCCUCCGAAUUGCCACAUUGGAAGUUUAGUCAGUGUGGCGCUUUCUGGAGCCCUAUUGGCUGCAUGUUUCCAUAUCCACGACUCUGGCAUGGACUUCCUGAAGGUCUUCCGGUUGCCAAGUGACAAGUGGCCACAGCCGCGUGAGUUGUUCUGUGGAUCUUUGGAGCAAAUUGACCGACAUCAAACGGUGGCCGUCAAGUCCUCCAGCGAUGGCGAGUUUGGCAUUGCUGCCGUGGCUGGGAAUCAGUCCGGUCAGUUCGUUGGUUUGGUAUGUUGGACAGGCGAAUUUACGGCGAAGGAGAAGCUCAGGUGUGCCAAGCAUCACAUUGAGGUGGUGGAUUUACAAUUUCUGCCUGGGCAAGACUUUCUAGCCGGCUUGGUAAACCUGAAGGAUCACAAGGAUCCCAGUGCAACAGACAAGAAUGCCGGCUCCAUUUGCUGCAUAUGGAACCUUUGCACACCCGGGGUGGCUCAGAUUUGCCACGAAGUUCGCCUUCAGGGUAUGCCACGCGGACUGUCCUUGAUGGCCGUGGGCCAUGAUUUUCAAAGACGGCAUCGGGAAGAGGAUCGACGUAACUCUCCAGUCAGGCAAGGCAGGCACUCCAUAUCCCAUGCAGGUCUGGUGGCAAGAGAUUCUCAUCCUCCAGCGCAAGUGGCUACGAGUGGUGAGAGCUCAAUUAUUGUGGUGCAUGAGGUCCGCACUGGCUUCCGGACAUUUCUUGACAUCUCUAAGGAAGCUUCCGAUGCUGAGGGUGCCAAGAGGGUAUCGGCGGUCCCCAGAGUUUUGCGCUUUGCAUCGUCCGGUCGGCUCCUUGCUGUGGGAGACAAUUGUGGGCAGGUUCACCUGUUCCAAUUGGGACAUUCAACAAGCGAAUCAGCCCACGGACGAGCUAUCCCAGCUCAUCGGGUUCUGUGCCUCAGUGGCGAAGUGGUGGACAUUGCGCUGCAUGAUGAACAGCUUGCCAAAGUGGCUUGCUGGCACGCCACACAGUCGCAUGAUCCCGACGAGAAGGAUGCAGGAUAUGCAGGGCCUGAAUCUGUGGAGGAGGAAAACAAAGUUUUGGUAUACGAUUUGUUGAAUCCCUGUUUAGAGUUUCUGCUGCCCGAUUUGAAGAUGAAGGCCGAGGAUUCAAGCUCCGCCUUCUGCGCCCAGCUGGACUUGAUGCCCAGUCUUCUGCACCAGAAGCUGCCGGACUUAGGCUGGACGCUGCUGCACUGCUGUGCUUGCCGGGGCCAAGCUCAACACGCUCGACUUCUGGUGAGGCUGUCUGCCUCACCGUUUCAGCGAGAUGACAGUGGUCGGAAUGUUUUGGACGUGGCACUACAGCACAAUGAAUUCGGUGUCGUGGAGGACUUGAUGACAGUGCUGAUGGGGGAGCACAAAUCAGCUGUCGACUAUGGCCAUGCUUGGGAUCAACUUGGCGAGAACGGAGAGGUCUUAGGACGAGCUCUCCUGGCCUCAUCGCUUCCUGCGGAGCACCUGGCGCUGACGAGGACUGUGGUGAGUUUACUGCGCUUCCGAACGGCCACGUUGCCAGACUUCCUGGACACCGUGUGUUGGGGAACGCCGCGGCACUUCGAGGUAACCAAAUCCGGUGAGACAUUGGAAUCCUUGCCCUCCAGGGGACAAUUGCAGGAGAAUAAGAUGAGGAUUCGCUCCUACCGUGCAGCUGUGCACCGGCCAAAAGCACCAGAGUUUGAAGGCCUGGUGCCUCAUUUCGAGGACUCGAAUCUUCCCGAACGACCGAUCGAAAUUCGCGUGUGGUACUUGCGGGGGGCUUUGGAUGAUGACAUUGGCAUGAUCCGCGCACUGAAGGCUGCUGAGCAAGAAGAGAUCAUGCGGACCAAGUUUGUGCAGGUCUUGCUUGAGGAGCAGUGGAACAGAUUGGGUCACAAGCAAUUUCGACGAGAGUUGUGCGUAUAUCUCUUGUACUUGAUCUCCUGGGGGGUUUGGUGUAUGACUGGCCGCAGCAGCUGUCCACCACCCCCAACACUGGGAGAAGAUUUGCGAAGCCCCGCAGGCUUUACUUUUCAGCUCUUGUGUGUGGUGCUGAUUAUUUGCCAGAUCUUUUUCUUGUACCAGGAGCUGACGCAAUUUUUCUUCGAGCUGCAGAGGCAGAGAGCGGAAGCUCAAACGAGAUGGGCACGGCUCCGUGCCAUCUGGAGCUAUUCCACCACCUGGAACAAUCUUGAUAUGGCGCGGAUUGCAUUGGUCACCACCGCGGUGGUUCGCAGCUAUGUUGAUCGCACAGGUCUCUUUGUUGAAACCGGGGACAACUUGCUGGAGGGCAGAAAUUUGCUGGCCAUCACGACUGUUUUUGUAUGUUCCAGGCUUGUAAGCUUCCUCCGAGCUUGGUCCAGCACUGGCCCUUUGGUGAGGACCCUCAUCAUAAUCUUCUGGGACAUGUCCAGUUUCUUUUGGGUGAUGUUCGUGAUGGUUCUGACCUUCGUAUUCGCUUUCCUCUUGCUGUUUGAUCAGCCCUUCUCCCUUGAUGGCUUGGGUUCUACAUUGUGGUAUGUAUACAUGCAUGGCAUCUUUGGUGAUGCGGAUGAUGCUCCAGAGGGGGCGGACAGUGCAUCCCUGACUGCGCGCUUGCUCUUGGUCAUUUGCGUCAUUGUGAUGCUGGUGGUGAUGAUGAACUUCCUAAUUGCCAUCAUGAGUGACAGCUAUGACAAGGUCCAAGAAAACGCAGAAGUUGCUACAAACGUGAUGCGCUUGGAGCUGGUAUAUGAGGCGGAAGUGACAAAGAAAACCGGGGCGAAGCGACGCAAGGCCUACGUCUUCACGUGUCAAGGGGUGCGCUAUGCUGGUGGAGGCCACCAAGCCACCCAGCAGGAGAACUCUCGAUGGGAAGGCCGUGUGAGGCAGGUGGAGAAAGCAGUGCGCCGGGAAAGCAGACAAACCUGCAUGGCGCUUGCGGAACAGGGUGGGCAGCUAUCUGCCAUCGAAGAUCGAAUUCAUUCGCUGGAGUGUCAUGUAAAUCAAAGUCAUGGACGUCUCCAAGAAACGAUGGAGCGUUUGAUCGAUCAGCUAAAGCAAAUGGAGACCAACUCGCAGGACCGCGCAGGCUCAGCGCAGACGACCCCACGGCAGAAGCAUGGGGCCAUCGCACCACUCCCUCGGAACGUGCAGGGUCAGAAGCAGGAGGGGAUGCGGACUGGAGGUGUGUCCUGA